AUGGCGCCAGUAGAGACCGAGUACUAUGACCUCCUCGGCGUGCCGACAGAUGUGAACGAUACGGACCUCAAGAAGGCGUACCGCAAGCAGGCGAUCAAGUACCAUCCCGACAAGAACCCAUCGCCCGACGCCGAGGAGAAGUUCAAGGACAUCAGCAAAGCGUACCAGAUCCUUUCGGACCCUAACCUACGCGCCGUGUACGACAAGAAUGGCGCCAGGAUGGCGGAAAAGGAGGGCGGCACGACCAUGGAGGAUGCCGCUGGCUUCUUCGCGAACGUCUUUGGCGGCGAGCGGUUCAAAGAUUAUAUCGGCGAGAUAUCUCUGAUGAAAGAGAUGACGUCCGUCGCGACGACGAUGAUGUCCGAGGAAGACAGGGCCGAGGCCGAGCGCGACCUCAACGGCGGCGCGACCCCCACCUCCCCCGCCGUCUCGCCCGCGCCCGCCUCUCCAGCGCCGGCACCGCUCUCCCCGACGCCCGUGCCCGCCGCAGCCGCACCCACCUCCCCCACCGCCGUCGCCGCCGCCACCGAGCUCCCCCACUCGCCCGCCCCGACCCCGUCGCCCGCACCCGCGUCCCCCGGCGCGGCCGCGGACCCGCUCACGGCCGCGGCGCACAGCCCGGCGUCGACGUCGACGACGAACCUCGCCGCGGCGAAGGAGCGGGACGGCGCGCGGGCGGAGGCGCACGCGAAGCGGCGGUCGAAGCUGAGCCCGGAGCAGAAGAAGAAGCUGCAGGAGCUCGAGGAGGAGCGGCGGAAGGCGAUGCAGGAGCGCGUCGACGCGCUGACGGGCAAGCUCGUCGACCGCCUCCGGCCGUUCGUCGAGGCGAAGCACCCGGGGGACAAGGACGAUCCGGAGACGCGCGCGUUCGAGGCGCGGAUGCGGCGCGAGGCGGACGACCUGAAGCUCGAGAGCUUUGGGGUGGAGCUGCUGCACACGAUCGGGACGGUGUACAUCAUGAAGGCGACGAGCUUCUUGAAGAGCAGGAAGUUCUUGGGCAUUCCUGGGUUCUUCUCGCGGCUGAAGGAGAAGGGUACUAUGGCGAAGGAUGCGUGGGGUGUCAUUGGCAGCGCCAUUGGCGUGCAGCAAACAAUCCAGGAGAUGGAACGAUUGCAGGCCAAGGGCGAGCUCGGCGAGGAAGAGCUCAAAGCACUCGAAGAGGAUGUCACGGGGAAGAUCAUGCUCGCGUCAUGGCGAGGAACGCGCUUUGAAGUUUCGCAAGUACUUCGAGACGUCGUCGACCACGUCCUCUACAACCGCGCAAAGGGCCUUCUCCUCAUCGGUGCCGUCUUCAAAUCCACUGUCCCCGACGAGAGCGACGAGGAACGCCGCGAGCUUGAGCGGAUGGUUGCGGAGGCCGCCACCGGCAAGUCGAAGCACCACCAAGUCCGUGCGGCCCAGCGCGCGCGCAAACACGAGUCGCACAUGCCGUCGCCUCAGCCGUCGCCCGCGCCCGCGGAGAAAGCUCCGCCUGCGUCUGCCGCAUAG